AUGGGCAAAAAACCUUUGAAAGAUUAUGUCAGUGCUGUACAAUCUAUUAAGGCAACAAUAGCAGAAAGGGCCAAUGCCUUCAGGAGGCAAUGUGAAUUGGCUGAAACAAUAAAGUUGAAGGAGAUUAAUUUUGACAAACUUAUGUUGAUUCGCUCUGAUAAAGUGGGAGAAGCUGAGCGUGAAUUUCAUGAGUUGAAGGCAGAGAGUGAACAAGCAACAAAGACAUUUGAGACAAUUGUGAAACUAAUGAAUGAAGAAAUAGGGCGUUUUCAGGAACAGAAAACAUUAGAUAUGGGGAUAGCUUUCCACGAAUUUACCAAAGGUCAGGCACGCCUAGCAAAUGGUAUUGCAGAUGCGUGGCGGAGUUUGCUUCCUAAACUAGAGGCAUGUUCAGGUUAG